AUGGAGGACCGGUCCAGCGUGAUCCAGCUCGCGGACGGCCGCGUCUUCGUCGGCGUCUACGACGGCCACGCGGGCCCCUGCGCCGCGGAGCACGCGGCGGCGACGCUCCACACGCGGCUCGACGUCGCGCCGCCCGCGGGCGGCUCCAGCAACGCGGCCAUGUGGGAGGCGGCCUACGAGCAGUGCGAGCGCGAGAUCCUGAGACGGUUCCGCGACGGCACGACGGCGUGCACGGCCGUGCUCCGCGGCGAGGAGCUGAGCCUCGCGAACGUCGGCGACAGCCGCUGCGUCCUCGGCGGCGGGGGGCGGCGGCGGCGCCUCAGCGAGCGCCUCACGACGGACCACAAGCCCGACGUCCCGGCGGAGCGCGCGCGCGUCGAGGCGCACGGCGGCCGCGUCGUGCACCGCGGCGCCUACCGCGUCUUCCACGAGAGCUGCCCCCUGCUGUUGGCCGUGUCGCGGUCCCUCGGCGACUUCGCGCUGAAGAAGCACCCGGGCCUCAUCUCCGCGACGCCCGAGGUCACGGACCGGAGCCUCAAGCCCGGCUGGGACGACUUCGCCAUCUUCGCCACGGACGGCCUCUGGGACGUCGUCUCCGACGCCGACGCCGUCGGCAUCGUCUACGACACCAUCGGCGAGGCCCUCGCCUCGGGCUCCGUCACCCAGGAGCUCUGCACGGAGGCGGCGAGCAAGUGCAUCCAGGCCGCGCGCAAGCGCUGCACCAUGGACAACGUCCUCGUCCUCGUCCUCUGCUUCCAGUGGCGCCCCAAGUCCGGCGCCGCCGCCUGA